CCAACAGGAAGAGAAAGAGAGAGGCCUGGCGAGGCGGGCCAGCUGGCUGGUGGGGAGUCCCGGGCGUGGGCGCCGGGAUCUGGGGAACCCCCGCCGGCGCCUCCCGCCUGCGUGCUUCGGGAUGGGGGCGGGGGUAACGCCCCCCUCCGUCGGGCCUCAGCGUCCUCUGUAAAAUGGGGCCCUUUCUAAGGGCUGGUAAGUGAGCUGAUGGGGGGUGGGGGUCGAGGUGUGAGAGGAGGGCAGAGAGGCCUAGACACCGUGGUUGGAGCAGAGAGGCGGAGAUGCUCGACCCCCGGCUCCCAGCGUGCGGAGGCGAGGCCUUCGAGGGGCGGGCCCUGAUCCGGGGGCGGGCCGGGGCCGGCACCUGGGUGAGGUCGCGCCGCCCCGCCCCCUUGCACUUCCGUGUGCAGCGGCGCGGGAGCCGGAGGCGGCGGUCCUGGGAUCCUCGGAGCUAACCCCGGCACCCGCCGGCCGCGCCAAGGCCGGGACGGUACUUCACCCGCCGCCGGGCCCGUCCGGUCUGGUCCCACCAAGACCCACGUCUGAGCGCACGCCCAGCAGCUGCGCCGGGAGCCGGACCCCAGCUGCCGCGACCCCUGGAGCUUAAGCCCUGUGCCUGGAGGUCGGCUGGGAACUGACUCAGGUGAGGGCUGCAGGCCUGCUUCUCCUGGUGAUUGUUGUAUGGUGUUGGUGGCAGCCGGAGCCAGGACUAAGGGCAAGGGGGAGCCAGGAGUCCCAAGCUCCAACAUGGCACCGUUCCUGCGCAUUGCCUUCAACUCCUACGAGCUGGGCUCCCUGCAGGCCGCGGACGAGGCGAGCCAGCCCUUCUGUGCCGUGAAGAUGAAGGAGGCGCUGAGCACAGAGCGUGGGAAAACACUGGUGCAGAAGAAGCCCACCAUGUACCCAGAGUGGAAGUCCACUUUUGAUGCCCACAUAUACGAGGGCCGCGUCAUCCAGAUUGUGCUGAUGCGGGCAGCCGAGGAGCCAGUGUCUGAGGUGACAGUGGGCGUGUCGGUGCUGGCCGAGCGCUGCAAGAAGAAUAAUGGCAAGGCCGAGUUCUGGCUGGACCUCCAACCCCAGGCCAAGGUGUUGAUGUCUGUACAGUAUUUCUUAGAAGACGGAGGUGACCUUACCACUCCAUGGUCCCCAGAUUGUAAGCAGUCUCUUCGGGGUGAAGAUGAGAUGAAGUUCCCAACAAUGAUCCGCCGUGGAGCCAUCAAACAGGCCAAAAUUCACUACAUCAAGAACCACGAGUUUAUCGCCACCUUCUUUAGGCAGCCCACUUUCUGUUCUGUGUGCAAAGAUUUUGUUUGGGGUCUCAACAAGCAAGGUUACAAAUGCAGGCAAUGCAACGCUGCCAUCCACAAGAAAUGCAUCGACAAGAUCAUCGGCCGGUGCACCGGCACUGCGACCAACAGCCGGGAUACCUUAUUCCAGAAAGAACGUUUCAACAUAGACAUGCCGCACCGGUUCAAGGUUUACAACUACAUGAGCCCCACCUUCUGUGACCACUGUGGCAGCCUGCUCUGGGGUCUGGUGAAGCAGGGAUUAAAGUGUGAAGACUGUGGCAUGAACGUGCACCAUAAGUGCCAGAAGAAGGUUGCCAACCUCUGCGGCAUCAACCAGAAGCUCUUGGCCGAGGCGUUGAACCAAGUCAGCCAGAGAUCCAGUCGGAAGUCAGAGACAGAGUCUGCAGAGUCUGUUGGGAUCUACCAGAAUUUUGAGAAGAAGCCAGGAGUCCCUGGAGAUGAUGCCCCAGCAGACAAUGGGACCUAUGGCAAGAUCUGGGAGGGCAGCACCAGGUGCAACAUUGAGAACUUCGUCUUCCACAAGGUCCUGGGCAAAGGCAGCUUCGGGAAGGUGCUGCUUGCAGAGCUGAAGGGCAAAAAGGAGUUCUUCGCUGUCAAAGCCCUCAAGAAGGACGUAGUUCUGAUUGACGACGACGUGGAGUGCACGAUGGUGGAGAAGCGGGUGCUGGCGCUCGCCUGGGAGAAUCCCUUUCUCACCCACCUCUUCUCCACCUUCCAGACCAAGGAUCACCUGUUCUUCGUGAUGGAGUUCCUCAAUGGGGGGGACCUGAUGUAUCACAUCCAGGACAAAGGCCGCUUCGAGCUGUACCGUGCCACGUUUUAUGCAGCUGAGAUAGUCUGUGGACUACAGUUUCUACACAGCAAAGGGAUCAUUUACAGGGACCUCAAGCUGGACAAUGUGAUGCUGGACCGGGAUGGCCACAUUAAGAUUGCUGACUUUGGGAUGUGCAAGGAGAACAUCGUUGCGGAGAAACAGGCCAGCACCUUCUGUGGCACCCCUGACUAUAUCGCCCCCGAGAUCCUGCAGGGCCAGAAGUACUCGUUCUCUGUGGACUGGUGGUCCUUUGGAGUCCUUCUCUACGAGAUGCUCAUUGGUCAGUCCCCCUUCCAUGGUGACGAUGAGGAUGAACUCUUCGAGUCCAUCCGUGUGGACACACCGCAUUACCCUCGUUGGAUCACCAAGGAGUCCAAGGAUAUCCUGGAGAAGCUGCUUGAAAGAGAUCCAACCAAGAGGCUGGGAGUGACUGGGAAUAUCAAAAUCCACCCCUUCUUCAAGACCAUCAAUUGGACGCUGCUGGAGAAACGUCAGGUGGAGCCACCCUUCAAGCCCAAAGUGAAGUCCCCUGGAGACUACAGCAACUUUGACCAGGAGUUCCUGAAUGAGAAGGCACGCCUCUCCUACAGUGACAAGAACCUCAUUGACUCCAUGGACCAAACAGCAUUUGCUGGCUUCUCCUUCAUGAAUCCCAAAUUUGAGAGGCUCCUGGAUAAAUGAGGUUCCCAGGGUCCAGGAUCCCCACCACUGCAUGGAUUAAUUGGGAAAAACUGGAAGCAAGCAGAACACCCCGCAGCUGGAGAGCUUGUUAAAUCCUUCCCUGACAUGAAAAGCGGUACAGGGCCAAGAGAUCAAAAAGAGCAAGUGAGAGAACCAAAGGUUCAGAGUGACUUCACCCUGUGGUUCCAUGUGCCAGCUUGUGAAGGCACCCAGAGGUCUAGGAGCACAGGGUGGGGAUACAGAGAUGGAGGACCACAAAUCCCUUUAAGGCAGUGGCUCUCAAAUUCAUUGUGCAACCAAUACGGGUAAGAUAUGUGCGUUGUGCCAAGUUCUAACCAGGUCUCAGCCCUGACUGUACAUUGGAACCCGGUGCCCAGGCCCCCCAGGUCUAAUAAAAUGGUGAUCUCUGGAGGGGGCCCAGGCAUCCGUGUUUUUAAAGCUCCUGGGAGGGUCCAGUUUGCACCAUGAUUGGGAACCUGGGAAUCUGCAUUUUGCCUAGUAGUCCAGGUGAAGCCAGGAAAUGCUGCUCUGAACAGGUCACACCCUGGAAGGCGAAGUCACGGCACAAGGCCUGUGUUCGGCAGGAUCCGAUGGCAGAAGCCCCCUGCUAGAGUGCCCACCACUAGUCAGAUUGGUGAGUGGAGGUAGGAGGCCGCCGCCCGGGCCGGGCUGCAGCGCCCUCUGGUGGCCGACCAGCGCACACCUGGGAGGACCUGCUUUGUACCAGGUACAGUGCAGGGUUCUUAACCCAGCACGUGUCAUUAGUCCCUGGGGAAAUGUUCAUGCAAGGAAUUGCUGGAGGACCAUUCUGCAGAGACACAGAGACAUGAAAGUUACACAUCUAGACAGCUCCCCUAACAUUUAAGAGGCUCUCUGGGCUAGUCCAUAUCUCAACCCCAUUCUCUGAUAUUCAUCCCAGUGUUACAGCCACGUUUCUCAAUUUACUCCUUAUUAAGGUGUGCAUAACUGAUAUGAGCUGGGAUGUGUUCUGUAGGUUUUAAUAGCAGGAAAUAAGGGGUGUGCAGCAUUUGCCAGGGUGGAAGGGGCUAGUGGGCUUCAGGACUUCCCACUGAUGCUUCCGGCCUCAUUCCAGCAGGCUGGGGGUUCACACUUCUGCAGCCCAACAUGCAACUGCCUCCUCCUCGCCCUGCUUCAAGCUGAAUGAGACUUUUUGGGCUCUCUCCUGCACCCUGAUUGUGCCCAGAGGUGACCUCAGACUGCCCUGUGUGAGGCUAGAGGCUGGAGAGCUCAUUUUAGUUCCUCUGAGUCCUGACCACCCUCUCAGGCACCUUCUUAUCUCCCUGGGGCCGGGGAAGGGGAGAUGCACAAAACACAGAAACAGGUAGCAAAGAAGGGGACGGGAGCAAAUAAAGGUUUCCAAAACUGUGAGCCAGGCCUGAGUCAGUGUAGCCCAGGUUAGGCCUGACCUGUGAGUUUUGGAGGUACUGGGGUACUUCCUGGAUCUCUCUUCAUAUGAUUGAAUUCAACCCUCGCCAGCUGUGGCCUCAGUGAUUUAUGUCUUUGGAACUUUAAUACAGGUUCUCAAAUCAGGCUCUUAAGAGGCCAUAAAAGACCCCCUUCUCCUUUCUUUCCCUGCUGUGAAAUACACACUCUGAGGGCCCUCAUAUUUGCUGCUUAGCCCACAUUAAGCACUGUGCAAAGCCCAGAGCCUUUUGGUGUUUUUCCUUUUCUUCUGAGAGGGGAGUUUAGCUUGCUGUUGGUUUCUCCUAUGGUGGUAGACACAGGCUCUGUAGGU